AGGCAGGAAUAAUCAAAGCAGCAAACUUCAUUCCGUGGACUGCGUCUGACCAAAACGACGGCGUCAACAUCAAUCCAUUCUUCAUAGCGGAGGAGAUCGAGAGAGCCCGGCGAAAGCGAGAGACAGUCGGAGGAGUUAGAAAUGGUAAUUGAAGGGACCCCAGCAGCGCGUGGAUAUCACAUGCCUGCAGAGUGGGAGCGUCAUUCUCGGUGCUGGAUGGGUUGGCCUGAACGCCUAGAUAACUGGCGAGAGAAUGCAGUGCAUGUCCAGCAAGUGUUCAUGAAGGUUGCAAUUGCAAUCUCCAAAUUUGAGCCUGUGACUAUCUGUGCAAGUCCUGCUCAGUGGGAGAAUGCACGAAGCCAUCUGCCUGAAAACAUCAGGGUUAUUGAGAUGAGCAUGAAUGAUUCUUGGCUUCGCGAUACAGGGCCAACAUUUGUUGUUAAUAAGAAGGCAUCCAAUCCUGCUGCUUCAGAGCAACCGGUUGCUGGAAUUGAUUGGAAUUUCAAUAGUUGGGGUGGGGUUGAUGAUGGUUGCUAUCAAGAUUGGAGUCUUGAUCUUCUUGUGGCAAGGAAGAUUCUGGAAAUUGAGCAUCUCCCUAGGUUUCCACAUUCUAUGAUUCUUGAAGGUGGAAGCAUCCACGUUGAUGGAGAAGGUGAAUAUUUAUGCCCUGUUUGACUAGUAGUUUAUUUCCUUUUGGUUUUUGUAUCUAGCUCGGCU